AUGGGAACCUUUAUUGGUCAUGUGUAUCCAGGACUUUUUCUGUUCCUAUAUGGACUGUAUCAGGCAGUAGUGGUCUCCAAAACUGUAAUAUUCAAUGACUCUCUCUUGAAUCCUUUGUGCCCUACCAGGAAUAAGGGAAGAUGGGCCAGGCUGUGGAAUAUAUCCUAUGGAGGUUUGUUAAAGAUGGUGGCUGGUUCCCUCUUGAUAGCUUAUGAGAUCAGCUGCAUUGAAGGAGGCUUAAUACUGAUGAACAGGGACAUGCCACCAAGGUUUAUGUACCCCAAAGAGUGGCAACAUCUCACCAUGUUCAUCCUCCUCGCCCUCAGCGGCUGUGCAGAAUUCAUGAGCAGGAAUGUUUUCCCUCAGAGGUGUGUGGUCCUAGAAAAGGGAGCCCUGGUCCUGAGCUUCUAUGAGCUCCUGCUGCUGCUGGUGUCACAUGUUAAAAGCUCGGAAGGGAUAGAGCUGCAAGUCCAUGCUCUGGUCAUCAUGGUGGUGUUCCUCCUGCUGCUGGUGCUGACGGCAGAGCUGUGGGCUCCUGACAUGUCUUACCUCUGGAUGAUGGAGACCUUUCUGUUUCUCUUGAUGGGCUCCUGGCUGAUGCAGGCAGGCUUUAUCCUAUUCAGACCACUCUCCGGCUACCCCUGGCAGGACGAUGACAUCAGUGACCUCAUGUUUGUCACCACCUUCUUCUGCUGGCAUCUGAUGAUCAAUGCCUCAUGCCUGUUGGGAAUCUAUGGCUUCUCCCUUUUACGGCAUCGCUGUUACAGCCCCGGCUUGAAGGGGAUGAGGUCCAAAGAAGCUCCAUAUCACACAAGCACGCCAGGCCCUCUCUACACGUUGCUGCAGGAAGCGGAGCAGUCAGAGAAAGAUGACCAGGCUCUCCUCCUUUCAAAGAGCGGCCUCUGA